AGGAUGCUCAGGCUUUACAUGCUCGUGUUUGUCCUCCAGACAGCCUAUGGUGACGUGAUUUAUGCCAGCGCUGGAGAAAAUGUGACUUUGCCUUGUUUCUAUGCCUCCAGUGCCAAACAUCUGAGCUGGUACAAGCAGCUAGCAGGGGAGCAACCUCAGAUCAUUUCCUCCAUCUACAAAGGUUCAGCUAACGUCUUCUACAAUAACUUUAAAGAAGGACGAUUUUCAAUUCAUCCUGGAGAAGAUUUCUACCACCUGAACAUCUCUGAUGUCCAGGACUCAGACUCAGCUUUGUACUUCUGUGGACACACCAGCAUUACAGUCACGAAGUUUAACAAAGGGACGUUUUUGAUGUUAAAAGAGUCUAGUUUAAGAAGUUUCCUCCAACAGCCGGAAUCUGAAUCGGUUCAACCAGGAGGUUCUGUGUCUCUGAACUGCACCAUUCUCACUGGAACUAGUGACCAAGAGCACAAUGUUUACUGGUUUAAAAGGGAUUCAGAAACUUCCCAUUUGGGAACGAUGUUCAUCCAGACGAACAGCAGCAGAAGGUGUGUUAGGAGCUCUGAAAGCGGGUCUCCUGCACACAGCUGUGUCUACAGUUUGUCUAAGAGGGAUGUGAAGUGGUCGGACGCCGGCACGUAUCACUGCGCCGUGGCUUCGUGUGGACAGAUCCUGUUUGGAAGGGGAACAAAACUGCACGUUGGAGAGGAAAAUUGUGACACUGUGUUGGUGCAGUAUGUGGUUGCAGCUCUGGCUGCGUCGCUCAUGUUGAACAUCAUCGUGUUGUUUAUUCUCUGUAAAAAGGCCAGAAGACAAAAUCUUCAUCCUGAAGGACCGUAUGAGCUUGAAUGCACCACCGACAGUCAGAACGAGGCGAUGGAUGCUGUCCAGUACGUAGCUCUGGACUUCAAGCUGAGGAAUAAGCGGAGCAGCAGACAGAGGAGCUCAGAGGAUGAGACAGUUUAUUCUGGAGUUAGAUUUUCACCCAGGAAGUAAUUUUUCUGUUAAAUCAGACAAAAAAACACAGAUACUACAAACAACGUACAGGCGUAUUUGUGCUCUGAAUGUAUUUGAUCAGAUUAAAUCCUGCUUACGUUUAAGUUUUAUUAAAACUUAGCAACUUUGUCUACA